AUGGUGAAGGUUUCUACUAUCAUCUUGUUCUUGCUAUUCCUCAUUGUUUUCAUCUCUGAUGAAAAAACUAUGCCAAAGACAGAAGCAAAAGACUGCCAUAAAACAUGGAACUUCAAAAGGGAAAACCGUUGCCGGGAAGACUGUCGGAAUCAAUACAAUGGGAUGGGACUUUGUGAUUUAUACACUGCUCCUUCGGUUCCUAAGCAGUGUUUUUGUGCAUAUAAGUGUUAA